CAGAACUGGACACAGUACUCCAGGAGAGGCCUCACCAAAGUCCUGUACAACUUCACGUGAUGUCCCAACUCGUGUACACAAAAGGUGUGAGCGAGGAAGGAUUUUGAACAGUGAAGGAAAAGCACUGUCCACACUGGGGAGAAACACGUAUUGUCUGUGUCGAAGAGUCUGUAAAGAUUUAUCUGAGAUGUCCAAAUGCCAGCGCAGUUACACUGGGAAAAGACUGUGGCUAUGUGGGGAUUGUGGGAAGGGAUUUCUUUAUACAUCCCAGCUGGAAAUGCACCAACGCAGUCACACUGGGGAGAAGCCAUUCACCUGCCCUCAUUGCGGGAUGAGAUUCACUCUGUCAUCCCAUCUGCAGACACACCAGCGCGUUCACACUGGUGAGAGACCAUUCACCUGCUCCCUGUGUAGGAAAGGAUUCACUCAGUCAUCCAAACUGCUUCUACACCAGCAAGUUCACACUGGGGAGAAACCGUUCACUUGCUCUCAUUGUGGGAAAGGGUUCAGUCAGUCAUCCAGCCUGCGGAUACACCAACGCAGUCACACCGGGGACAGACCAUUUACUUGCUCUGAUUGUGGGAAGGGAUUCACUUCGUCAUCCAGCCUGCUGAAACACCAGAGAGUUCACACUGGUGAGAGACCAUUCACAUGCUCUGAAUGUGGAAAAGGAUUCAUUCGCUUACCCCAUCUAUUGGGACACCAGCGAGUUCACACUGGAGAGAAACCAUUUACCUGCUCUGAUCGUGGGAAAGGAUUUAACCAAUCAUCCAACCUGCGGAGACACCAGCGAGUGCACACUAGGGAGAAAUAUUCACUCAGUCAGCUCACCUGCUGAUACACCAGUGUGUUCACCAGGAGAGAGACCAUUCACUUGUUCUGUGUGUGGGAAAGAACUCCGUAAUCCAAACUGUUAACACACCGGUGAAAUAACACUGGGUGAUCCUGUUUGCCUGCUCUGUUUGUGUAAAAUGAUUCCCUGCUUGCGAAUAUAGCAGCAAAUUCACAAAGAUUUGCAGGUAAAGGGUUUUGCUUUUACUCACACCAAGGAAUGAGCCUUGGUCAUUGGGCCAUUUGUAUCGAUAUUAUUAACCCUUGCUUCUGUUAAAGGUGCUGAUAUUGUCAGUAAAAUGGUGAUGCAUUUGUAUAUCUGUAUGAUAAAUUUUGAAAAUGAUUACAAUGUCACUGUACGUCAACUCAGUUAAACUGUUCACCUGAAUGUUGUUUGUCAGUGUUGGAUUUUUGAAGCUGUUUUUGUCUAUAUCCAAUCCAUGUUUCUGUUU